GGUAGCUGUUAACGCGUUGGGAGCGAUGACGUAAAACUCCUGCGACUCCAGUCUCGUGAGUCGCACGAAAACAAACACAGGGCCGAGUGCGAGCAAUAUUCACUAGCCCUGAUCACAAACGUUACGUUUGAAACAACCGACACCGUGUGGAAAUGACAGUGUGCAAUUUUUUUCUUCAGGGCCGUUGUCGUUACGGCGACAAAUGUUGGAAUGAGCACCCGACCGGAGGAAACAGAGGAGGAGGAGGUGGUGGAGGAUACAACAACAACAACAACAACCGCUCUUCUGCUCAGCAUCGAGGAGGAGGUGGAGGGUUUGGAAACCGAGUUUGGGUGAAUCCUUCCCAGCAAAAAGGAGGCUAUAUCCAGCCUUCAUCUUUCUCCUCUCAUGGAACUGAGGAGUGGGGUCGAGGAGGAGGGGGAGGCAGUGGAGCUGACUGGGGCCGAGGGGGAGGGGGUGGAGCUGACUGGGGCCGAGGAGGGGAGGCGGUGGAGCUGACUGGGGCAGAGGGGGAGGAGGAGGGAAUGACUGGGGCCGAGGAGGAGGAGGAGGAGGAGGAGGAGGAGGAGGAGGGAAUGACUGGGGCCGGGGAGGGGGAGGGAAUGACUGGGGCCGAGGAGGAGGAGAGGAGGAGGAGGAGGGAGAAGAGAUAA